AGUAGCGCGAGCACGGGGAAAGGGUGGGGGCAGUAGUGUAGUCUGUACAGUGCCCUACAGUAAAGGGGAUUAAAGUACUCAAGCUUCUAAAUAGUAGUAGUGGGCAGUUUCGUGCAGACAUCGCUUCUUACGCACGUUUGAGUGCGGUAGCGAAGAGACGGAACCGGCUGGAUUUAGCAAGACAGCUAGGAAAAACAACAUUAAAAUACAUAUUUUUUUCAGGCGCACGCAUGCAACCUCUCUCCCUCGAGUGCAUCUGUUAAGGAGGGAGGGAGAGGGAAUGAGGAUGAAUAAAUAAGACAAAUCUGAACACAUCGCAACACCAACACCGACUUUAAAACUAUCAUUAGCUUUAAUUAAGAAACCCACAGGAAAGUAUCUAGCAAUGGAGAACCACGCAGGAGAACAGCAAAGCUACGAAGACGUUCGCAAGAGCGGCUAUCUCCGCAAACAAAAAUCUAUGCACCGGCGAUACUUCGUGCUUCGGACGGCCUCGGAACGGGGCCCGGCUCGGCUCGAAUACUAUGAGAGUGAGAAAAAAUUCCGAGGUAAAGCGCCUGUCCCGAAGAAAUCAGUGAAUCUGGAAACAUGUUUUAACAUCAACAAACGGGCAGAUUCAAAGAACAAGUACAUGAUAGUACUGUACACUCGAGCGGAGAGCUUUUCCAUUGCGGCUGAGAGUGAAGAGGACCAGGACGAAUGGUUUCAGGCCAUGUUGGACCUUCAAUGUAAAAGCAAAACACCCAGUGACAGUGGCAGUGGUGGAGACUAUGGGGUGCCCUCUCCUGGCCCUGCUUUCAAAGAGGUGUGGCAGGUCAAAGUGUGGCCCAAGGGUUUGGGCCAAGCAAAAAACCUGGUGGGCAUCUACCGGCUGUGCCUGACAGAGAAGACAGUCAACUUUGUCAAGCUCAACUCAGAUGCAGCAGCUGUCGUGCUGCAACUCAUGAACGUUCGUCGCUGUGGGCACUCUGAGAACUUCUUCUUUGUGGAGGUUGGUCGCUCUGCAGUGACUGGGCCCGGGGAGUUCUGGAUGCAGGUGGAGGACUCUGUAGUGGCCCAGAACAUGCACGAAACCCUGCUGGAGGCCAUGAAGGCCUUGAGUGAGGAGUUCCGCCAGCGUAGCAAGUCCCAGUCCAACGCCACGGCUGGUGGAGGUGCCACAGCCUCCAACCCCAUCAGUGUGCCAUCACGACGCCACCACCCAAACCCACCACCUAGCCAGGUGGGCUUUACACGUCGACCCCGCACGGAGACCCCUGGGAGUAGCAGCGCAAACAACACCUCCCCUUCCCCCCGCCAUAGCUUCCCCAGGGCACGCACAGCCAGUGAUGGUGGAAGAGUAGAGGAGGGUGGGGCAACAGCAGGCGGAACUCUGCCAGGCUCCAGUCCUAAUGGAUCCUGUUCCACUACCCCUAUUCUCAGGUCCAAUAGUGCUCGUGCACCCACACCUGCCAAGACUCCACUCUCAUUGAUGCGUUCCACCUCCACCCCUGCCCCCUCUCCUGCCCCCAGCCUGUCCUCUAGUUCUGGCCAUGGAUCGGAGUUUGGAGGCGUAGCAGGUGGAGGGGGAGGAGCGGCUGGUGCCUAUGGGCGUGUGCCUCACCACACCUCAGUUUCGGGCUCACCCAGUGAUUAUGGAUCCUCGGACGAGUACGGCUCUAGCCCUGGGGAGCAUUCCCUUCUGACUCCUGAUCUGCCAGGGGCUUCUGCUGGCAGCCUGAAUUACCACCCACUGGGUGAGGAGGCCUCAAACUACAUCAUGAUGGGCCAACGGGGGACAUCUGGAGCCCUGCAGUCACCGACCUCCCAUCCGCCCACCCGCAGGGUGCUGCGCCGUUCCUCUAGCCGCGAGUCUGAGGCCGAGCGUAGGCUGCUCAGCAAGCGGGCCUCCCUGCCCCCCAUGGCCCUGGAUCGGCUCACCCCACACAAGAGAGGGGAGGAGGGUGAAGAGGAUGACUAUGCCGUCAUGUCUCGGAGCGCAAGCCGCGAGUCCUUCACCUCCCGCCGAGAUUCUGGCAUGGGGCCAGGGGCCAGCGUGUACCUGGAUGUGGCUGGGGAGUUUCGAGAGAAAGGGGAAGGUGAAGGAGUAGGGCCAGGGGUUGAUACUGGGUACAUGUCCAUGCUGCCUGGAGUAACUGCUCCCCCUGUCUCGCUCUCCCUGUCCCUCUCCGUGGCAGUCUCCAAUUCUGGCUCUAAACCAGCUGACGACUACAUGGCUAUGACCCCAAACAACAGUGUGUCCCCACCACAGCAAAUCCAUCCUCCCCCCACUGGCUCCGACGGGUACAUGAUGAUGUCACCCAACAGCAGCUGCUCCCCAGACCAGAGAGGGGUCGGGGGGGCCUGGGUGGGCAGCAGCAGUGCAGACAGCAGGGCCGGCAGCGACUACAUGAACAUGUCCCCCAUAAGCACCCGGUCUGCCAACAGCACUCCCCCGCCCUCUGAGGGCCUCCCCCACUCUGAACAACAGCAACAGCAGCAGCUUCCCCCAAAGAUGGUUUACUCCUACUAUUCCUUGCCCCGAUCUUACAAACACAUGUCUCCUGCUUACUUUGAGGAUGACGCUGGUCGGGGCAAGAGGCCCACCGGCAGCAGGGGUGGAGAUGUGACCAGAGGAGCGGUUGCCCAAGGGGGCCAAGAGCCCCCUGUGGGGCAAGCAGUGGGACGCCACCAGUCCCUGUCCUCAUCCUCAUACUCCUCCAGCUCAGCCAGCAGCGAGAGCCUUGGGGAGUCUGAGGAGAAGUUGGCCCAGUCUACUGGGCUGUUUGGGCGCUCAAAAAAUGGGAGUCUCCAACAGAGACGGGUGUCUGGGGCCCAGCAACAGGGCCAGCAGCAGCCGGGUCGGAGGCCGGUCAGCCUGUUUGUUGAUGUAUCAAAAGCCAACACCCUUCCCAGAGUUCGAGAGGCUCCUCUACCCCCUGAGCCCAAGAGCCCUGGGGAGUAUGUCAGCAUUGAGUUCAGGGGAGACCGAGGGGGAAGGGGAGGAGGGAUGGGGAAAGGACAGAGUCCUGGGGUGUCACUACCACCUGGACCCCCUAGGUCUCUGCACCGACCGACCUCCUGCCUGGCCGGAUUCCUGCCCCUCCCUCGCAGCCCAUCUACUCCAGUGACCCCUCCAUCUGCGUCUGAGUAUGUAAAUAUGGACUUAGGCCCCUCCCCUUCUCCUUCUCCCCUCUCUUUAACUCCUCUGGGGUUCCCCUCCUUCUCAACCCCAACAACUCCAGUAGGCGCUGCCCCUAAGGCCAGAGAUGAGAACAGGACACCGCCACAAAGGGAGGAGGUUGUAGGUGAUGGCCACAGGAAGGUCAGUGCAACCGAAUCCCCAACCUCAUGUGGUGAUUACACGGAGAUGGCCUUCAGUUUGAGUGGUGCUACCACAGCCAGCUCUGCUACCACUGCUAAGCCCCCUUCUCCCAGCAAACAGGACCAGCCAGGGCCUAAACUGGUCCUGGGACUGGGUUUGGAUUUCCCUUUGGCCAAGGCUAGCUCCAACCCCGACCAAGGAGCCAAGGUGAUCAGAGCUGACCCUCAGGGCAGACGACGACAUUGCUCUGAAACCUUCUUGGCUCCUCCACCACUGCCCCCUUCCUCAUCUUCAUCCUCCUCUUCUUCCUCGUCCCUCUUCCCAGAGCACACCCAGGCAGUGGCACGCAGGUUUGGAUUUGACAGUAUGCUCUGGGGUAAUGGAACUGCUCCUGAUGUCCCCUCACCAUGUCUGAACUCUGGGCCGCCCAUCACACCCACUGCUCAUCUUUCAUCCACGGAGCAAGGCCUCAACUACAUUGACUUGGACCUUGUUAAUAAGGAGAGCCAACAUGCAGCUCCAGAAGGAUCUGGAGCUGUCCAAUCCCUGCCCCCUCGCCUUUACUCCACCGUGUUGAGUGGAGGGGCAGUGGGAGGGGGGUCAGGGAGUGGAGGGGCAAAUGGUACCACCUCAAAUCUGAAUACCUACGCCAGCAUUGAUUUCUACAAGUCAGAGGAGCUAAGGACACAUCAGAAUGGUAGCAAGGAUGGAACAGAAUGCUGACGUCUCUCCCCCUGCUUUGGAAUGGCGAGGAGGAGAACUUCGAGGAAUCUCCGCGUCUUCGUCCAGCCAGCGGUGGAGCUGGAAGACGACGGGCUGGCAUCUCGGACCCGGAGGAGCUGGACGGGCCCCAGAAGCACUUUCAGAAUGCUGACUUGACUUUUUUUUUCUUUUUUUUUUUGCUUUCAGUCAUUUGGUUCCCACAGCCAAUGGGAGUGCAUGCCAAAAGACUUGAUUUAGAUUGCACAGCAAGUGGGGGCCCUUUAGCCAAUCAGAAUAGGCUAUCAAGACUGCCAACCAAGAGCCAAUAAUAUCAUCAAACAACUAAGACAAACAAAAUAAAGAGGAAAGAAGUGUGAAUUAAUCUGGAAUAAAGGAUAAAUGGAUAAAUAAUAGUGGAUAAAGAAAAUAUAUACUGUAAUUAUGGCAUCUAAAUAUAAAUUAAUUAACUUUUUUAAAAAGUGCCUCAUUUUUGAUUGUAGCCAUUUUUUAAAAGAAAAAUAUGUAUCACAAGUUGGUAUGAUAAAAAAGCAUAUUUGUGUUUUUGUGCUCGUUUUAUAGUAAAACUAUGGUGAAGACAUUAAAAACACAAAAAGUAAUGUAAGUAAUGACAAUGAUAAUCCAAUGGCCUUAUUGUGUUAUAAGCGUUUAAAGAGUAGCCUCUUUUCACUUUACACUGUGCCUGCUGCUGGCUGACUGCUGUCACUCACUCUGCCCUACACCGUGUAGCUCUCCGCCUUAGACGCUAUACAGCAUCAUACACACCCUUUCAGGUACAGGCUCCGGCUCACACACCAAGGAGUGGUGUAUGCCUCUGUAAGGUAAUCAUAAAAACUGACACACUAGUACGCAUUCAAGUAUAUUGUAUGUAGUGCUCUGCAUGCAAUGACACCUUUAUUCUUAUACAAAUACUCUUUCACAAACACUUGGUCUGGUCCCCACUAGUCUACAUUGACCAGAACAAUUAGACCUCGGUGAUGAUGAACCUUUUCAUGGUCGGUCAUCACAAAGACGCUGACAUGGAUCACUGAAAUAGACCUGAUUGGAUGGGAUUGGCGCGAUCGAUCUCGUUAAAAGAUUAGGACAGGUAUAGCUCUCUCAAUCCCUGUGUGUGCAAAACCUGUAAGUGUCACCAUGGAAGGUCAGCCUGGAUCGCCGCUAGGGCCCCUGUCUGUGUAUAUGAUCCUCAGGUGAAAUGAACGUACCUCCCCCUACAUCCAGGGUAGAACCAAAGUGGUAGCAGUGUCAGGUCUCUUCUUCUCUCUCUUUCACACUGUAGAGAAAGCUCGCUUUACACGCUGUAGCUAUGCAUCAGCAAAAACACUCAAGUGCCUGUCUGUCAAUCCCUUUUUAUUCCCUGUUCAGCAGUCUGCAGUAUUCGUGCAGAGGAGUUCCUCCUGCUUAUAUAUAGUAUUUUUUUGUCUCUCUUUAGCGGAUGUACAAUUGUGUAGCAGUACUCUUGCCCCCGUGCUGUUGCUUGAUAAAGCAGACCCAUUCUAGGUCUGGACUUCACUGACUUGCUCACUGUGGGGGGGGAAGCACUUUUUCCCUUUUGAAAAGACAUUGUGUUAAUGGCAAUCGUGCCAAAAUACUAUGUUGCUUGCACACAGACCUUUACUUGUAAGUUUACACUGCAGAUGUGAAUUACAGAGUCUCUUUUUCUAUAAUAAAGUAGUCUGCUAUAAUGCAGGAAAUGUAUAGUGUUUUUUUGGGGGGGUUUUCAUAAACAGUUAAGGAGACACUCUUUCCCCGUAAUCCUCCCUCUGGUUUUCACAUGGGACGGGUGUGUUUUAGGACUGCCUCUGAGAAGAUUCAACCCUGACUAACUUGAAGGUUAAUAUUUAGAUUUCUAAUCGAUCAGUAUUCCAGUUCUUUUGGUUUGAUCUGAACAAUGAAAGAAUAUAGCAGUGGGGAAAUACCGAUAAGGACGUUGUAUGUAUAUCUGUUUGUUUUUUUUUGUUUCGUUUUUUUGUAAAUAUUUUGUGUCUAUCAAUCUGUAUUGCCAGAGUCAAUUAAGUGAACAGAUUGUAAUGUGAUUGGUUGGUGAGUGCUAUUAUAAGGUGGCUUUUAACUGCUUAUCGUGUACAGUUGGUGAUUGGUGGCCCAAAUCUCACUUUGUAUUUUUUGGUGUAGAUGGUUGUAAUUGUAACAAGGAUGUACUGUACUGCCAACAUAACAUUUUAAGCAAUUAUUAGAAGAAUUAAAUGAUCAUAUUCAGUUGAGAAAAGGGUAGCAAGGAGGGAUUCUGUUCAUACAAGAUGCGCAAUAAACCUGCACUAUCGCUGAUACGCCGUCUGCAAUUAUGAGGUUGGAGUGUCAACGUUACAGUCGUAAAAUCAACCAUUUCCAUGCUGAAGGAGAAAGAGCAGUGUAAUAAUAUAGCUAUUAAUAAUGAUAAUGAAGAGAAUGAUGUUUUGGUAAUGGGUAUAUAUGCUCUAAGUUGCUGUAUUUUCUUGUAUAGAAUAGAAGUUAUUGGAUGGGGAGGCUUUUUUCCUGCUUACGUGGAUUGUUGAAAAUGCAAGGUUAUGAUACUUGCCUGUGAUGUAGAAAAUGUCACUGUUGCUUGAAAAACGAAAUGAAGCAAAGA